CUUUGGAUUUUCCUUUUGGUGAACUGAUGCCAUCUAUUGGCGAAAGUUGGUAAUGCUCUAAAAUACGUCUGUGAUGUUGUCACGCGACCCUGGCAAGGCGCCGGCGUCUAAUUGAGACCGGCAUUUAUGUUUCAAACGUGUGUGUGUGCAGAUGGCCCGGCCCAGGGCUCCCUCAGCGGCCCCCAGCGAGACCCACCCGGGCCCCACCCCUUCCCCAAACCUGAGCUGGCCAUGACACAGAGCCUCACUCUCAUCAGCUCAGAGAACUGGCAGGAGAAGAUGGAAGGGCUCACGGUGCUGCGCAGUCUGGCCCAGAACCACGUGGACACGCUGCUCCCCAGGCUCCGCGACGUCUGCCUCGCCCUCGUUCAAGAGGUGAAGAACCUGCGUUCGGGCGUGUCCCGCGUAGCCGUGUGCACGCUCGGCGUCCUGUACCGCCACCUGGAGCGGGCCAUGGACAAGGAGGUGGAGACCACGGCCAGGGCGCUGCUGCACAAGGCGGCCGAGAGCAACGCCUUCAUCCGGGAGGAAGUGGACGCGGCGCUGGGCCACAUGGUGCGGCACUGCACGCCGGCACGCUGCAUCAACGCCUUCCUGGACGGGGGUUUGAGAGGUCUAGCCGAUGUUUCCUUAUCUCCAUCCGUUGUGUACUUCGGUGGUUUGUGUCUCUUUGUGUGCGUCCUUCAUGUUGAGCCUGUGUGCGUCUGCAGCCACCUGAGCGCGGCGGUGAGGAAGUGCGCCGCCCAGCACCUGGCCGACCUGCUGGAGAGGGUGGGCGUGGCCCGCCUGCUGUCCGGAGGGAAGGACGUGACGGACAGAAUCCUCCCGGCCGUGGUCAAGCUGGCCCUGGACUCCUCCCCGGAACCCAGGUCCUUUGGCCGCCGGAUGUUGCUGUUCCUGUCCUCCCACCGGGACUUUGAUAGCCUCCUGGAGAAGAACAUCCCCACCAAGGACCUUUCCGCCGCCCGCAAGGCGGUCAGUGGACUCAAGGCAAAGGGUCAGGGUCAGGGUCUGGGUGAGACGCCCCAGACCCCAGCCUCGCUUCCCGGCAGUGGCACCGCCAGGGCCUCGACGCUCCAAAGGAAGCUCCCCAAACCGACCAUAGCCCCCAGCCCCACCACCACCACCACCGCCACCCCGACCAACACCGCCACCACCACCCCCAGGGAGCCCAACAGCAAGUACAGCUCCAAACCUCAGGGGCCCAUCAUGGAAGACAAGCCUGAGUACAUCAGGCAGCUCACCGCUCUGCUGGAGUCCAAGGACUUCAGGGAGCGCAUCAAAGGCCUCGACCAGCUGGUGGCCGACUGCCAGCACAACCCCAGCAUGGUCAUCCGCAGCCUGUUCCCGGUGUUUGACCUCUUCAGAGACCGCCUGCUGGAGUCCAACCGUAAGGUGAACCUGUACGCCCUGGAGGCCCUGCAGGGGAUGGUGCGCCUGCUGAAGGACAACCUGUCCGGGGUGCUCAACCACCUGGUGCCCGCCAUCGUGGACAACCACCUCAACUCCAAGAACCACGCUGUGUACUCGGCCGCCACAGGGGCGCUCUGCGAGCUGGUCCUGAACCUCGACAACAGCCUCCUCCUGGAGCCGUUCUGCUUCAAGGCACGGGUUCUUAGCGGCCAAGCAAAGGUGGACCUGAUCGAGAAGGUUGCAGAGCUGGUGAUGGAGCUGUACCCCCGCCGGCCCCAGCUGGUGGAGCAGAAGGCGCUGCCCCUGCUGUGGGGCCUGCUGGGCCCGUCCAGCGGCAGCGUGCACCGGGCGACCACCAGCCUGUGCCGAGCCCUCCACCAUCAGAUGGGGCCCGGCCUGCGGCAGAGCGCCGCCUCCCAGCCCCCGAGCGUCGGCAGGGACCUCAACCAGCUGCUGAGAACCAUGUCCUGAAUAAAAAAUGACCUAAGGACGGGAACGAGAAGACUCACUGCUCUCUUUGCACUUUUACAGGUAGCUUGUGUUGCACUUUAACAGGUACAAUUUUCCAUUACAAUUAGGGCAUUUUAUCCAAAGCGACUUACAUCGGAUAAUACACACAUUGACACACCGACGGCAGAGUCAACCAUGCAAGGUGACAGCCAGCUCGUCGGGAGCAGUUAGGGUUAAGUGUCUUGCUCCGGGACACGUCAACAAUCAGCUAGGAGGAGCUGGGGAUCGAACUAGCAACCUA